UGGUGAGUUUACCAAAAGAAGAAAGAAGAUGAGGUAGCAAUAAUAAAGUCUUCUCUGGUCUUUUUCUAUAUCAUUUUACACUUUUUUUUUUUCUCGUCAUCAACAUAUUCUGUGGCUGAUGAUGAAAACCUGAAAUCUCAACACAAGAAUGGAAUCCCAAAACCUGCGAAACUACACCUUGAAGUUUCAAAUCUAGGGUUUCCUUUUCCUGUCCAAACAUUACAAGAUCUCUCUCCCUUUUCCCCUUUCCUUAAGGUUUGCAGAUCUGAGAAAAAAAAAAAAUCCACAAAAAGUUUUGUCUGGUUCUUGCCAUUUUUGGAGUCAAUCAACUCAAUCUCUUCCUGCCUCCUUUCUAUAUUUGGCAAUCCUCUUAGGUUUUCUUGAUAUUUUUCUCACUACAGUUUUCUUGACAGUGCUGUUCUUGAACCUUUUUACAUAAAUCCCUUUUGAAUAUUGAUUCUAAUUCUCUCCAAAUCUUCAUCACCAGCUGCUUUACUCAAUUUCUGUCAUAAUUUUUGUAUAUAUAUACAUAAAUACAUACAGAAAAAGAAAAGACAAUGGUGAGGGGAAAAACUGAGCUGAAAAGAAUAGAAAAUGCAACAAGCAGACAGGUGACUUUCUCAAAGCGCAGAAGUGGUCUCUUGAAGAAGGCCUUCGAGCUCUCAGUUCUCUGUGAUGCUGAAGUUGCACUCAUAAUCUUCUCUCCCAAAGGCAAACUCCAUGAAUUCUCAAGUUCCAGUAUGAUCAACAACACAAUAGAAAGAUAUCGAAAGAAUACCAAGACCCUAGCCUUUGGGAGAAACUCUGUCGAAGAAAACUUACAGCUUCUGAAAGAGGAGACAGCAACGUUGUACAAGAAGAUUGAGCUCCUUGAAGACUCCAAGAGAAAGCUCUUAGGAGAAAAUUUAGAUUCUUGUUCCACUGAUGAGUUAGAAGAGGUAGAAAAGCAAUUGGAAAGAAGUUUGAGCAACAUCAGAGCCAGGAAGAAUUUGUUAUUUAAGGAGCAGAUUGAUCAGCUGAAGGAACAGGAGAAGAACCUGACGAAAGAAAACAUAGAAUUAAGAAAGAAGAGCGAAAUGCUGCCAUUAAAACUGUCAACACUCCCAAAAGUCCAACUUCUGCCGCAACUUAUGGAGGUGGAAACCGCGUUGUUCAUAGGACUUCCUGAACCCCGGACGACCAACGUGUAGGUAUCCGGGGACCAAAGAGAAGAAUAUUGUUGUUAGUUUGUGAAAUAAUGUCUGUCUUCUUCAGCAUGUUACAUAUUUACAUCUGUUCUUUCUGACCUGCAAGUAAUAGGAAUUAAAGCAAAUGUUGGUUGCUCAAGAGUAUAUAGUAGGAAGAGUGUCAUGUAUUCUUGUGUCAAUUCUUACUAAUGAUUUAAUCAAGUUUUUCUUGUCUGAAUAA